UAUAAGGACAACUUUAUUUUGAUGCUUGAGUAAACACAAUGACGAUCAAGAUUAUUGUUUGUUUACUGUGUCUUUUUGCACAAACAAAAAGUCUACAGUUAAUUAACAGCAAUGACGAUAAUGUCAAACUGGAGAUAACUGAUGGUGACCAAACCACAAUAAGUCUCACUCUAGGUGACGCUGUAAAAAUAUCCGGACAGAUUGGGCAAGGCAGAAAUUUAGAUUUUUCCCAAGACUGUGACGGAGCUUCAAGUUGUAGUCUCCAGAUUGACGAUGUCUCACUGUCUAUCGAUAGCAUCGACAGUGGUUUCAAUAUAGCAUGGCAAACCAGUAACACUGCAACCACAUUUCAAGAUUGUCUAGAUUUACAACCUUCUGACACAAAUUGGUUCGGUGGUCCCGAAAAAUGGCAAGCCAACUGGCCCAUAGAAAACGUAAGCUUCCAGAAUAGAAUGUACACAGUUUUGAAAAGCGACAACGCUUGCUUUGCUGAGCGCUAUUGGCUAAACUCGAAGGGUGGUUAUGUUUUUGUUGGGGAUAAGGUCCCUUUGUACUUGGAUCAAAAUAAUGAGGUUCCUGGAAGCAUAUGCUUUAAAGGGGCAGCGACGGAUGCAUACAGUGAAAGAGACCAAGUUACUUUGGACUACAAUUUAGUUGUUAAAGGGGAUUCUAAGGAAGCUCAUUUACACGCUGUUAAUAACUUUUUGGGCAAACCUCAAGCACACCCCGACGAGUGGGUCAUUCGUCACCCAAUUUGGACCACUUGGGCUAAGUACAAGAACAAUAUUAACGACGAUGUUGUGGUUGCUUUUGGACAAGAAAUAGCAGACCAAGGUUUCACAGGACAAAUCGAAAUUGAUGAUUUCUGGGAGACGUGCUAUGGUUCUUUGGUGUUCAAUGAUAACCAGUUCGCCAAUAUUAAUGGUACUGUUCAAACGUUGAAAGAUUUAGGUUUCACGGUAACCCUCUGGACCCACCCUUUUGUGAACGACGACUGUGAAGAACCGAAGCAGUAUGGACAAAGCAACGGUUUCUUUGUUAAAUCUAAAAACGACGGUAGCGACGAAACCAACUGGUGGGAUGGAAACCCUGCACAUUUGAUAGAUUUUACGCAAGAAGGAGCAAGAAACUGGUUUACGGACAGGCUUAAGACACUUCAGGAUUUGCACGGUAUUGAUAGUUUUAAGUUUGAUGCAGGCGAAAGCGAUUGGACUCCACCAAAUCCAGUUCUUAAUGCUGAUGUAGAAGAGAGUCCAAAUGUUGUAACUUCUUCCUACGUUCGCACUUGUGCUGAAUUCGGUGAUAUGCUUGAAGUGAGAACUGGAUGGAGAACGCAAGAUCUUGGAAUCUUAGUAAGAAUGGCGGACAAGGAUUCUUCAUGGUCGCUUAACAACGGUCUGCACUCUAUUAUCACCACUCUUCUACUGUUUAACAUUAACGGAUACGGCUUCGUCCUUCCUGAUAUGAUCGGAGGAAACGGUUACGGCGAUCCACCAUCACCCGAAUUAAUUGCUAGAUGGACACAAGCAAACACUUUCAUGCCUUCUAUGCAGUUCAGCUUUUUGCCGUGGGAGAUAACUAGUGAUGAUUUUGAUGGAGUGGCGAUUAUCAAAAAAUUUGUGGCAUUGCAUGACGAAUACACUGAUUCUAUUUUGAACGCUAUGGAGAACAGCAUUUCGACUGGAACUCCUGUAAAUCCGCCUAUUUGGUGGGCUGAUCCUACAAAUCCUGAUGCUCUAAAAUCAAACGAUCAAUAUUUGGUUGGUGAGGAAAUUCUUGUAGCUCCUGUAAUCGAAGAAGGUGCUACUAGUAGAAAUAUCGUUAUUCCUGCUGGUACUUGGAAGGAUGGAAACGACGGAACGAUAUACGAAGGACCUCAAAUUUUGACAGACUAUCCUGCACCGAUUGAUGUGCUUCCCUUUUUCAUUAAACAAUAAGUGUAUCAAAAAUGUACAAUAAAAAACAAGU